AUUGUUUCCAUAACACUAGAACACAAGAACUAGUGUUUGCUUGAAUCUUAAGAAAAUGUCUCAAGGUGAUUUGAAUGCAAGUUCCUCGGCGAAUGGACCACGUGCUAGGCGUGCACCUACUCAAGGGAAGGCGACAAUACUUGCAUUAGGAAAGGCUUUCCCCGCCCAAGUCCUCCCUCAAGAGUGUUUGGUGGAAGGGUUCAUUCGCGACACUAAGUGCGACGAUACUUAUAUUAAGGAGAAAUUGGAGCGUCUUUGCAAAAACACAACUGUGAAAACAAGAUACACAGUAAUGUCAAAGGAGAUCCUAGACAACUAUCCAGAGCUAGCCAUAGAUGGAACACCAACAAUAAGACAAAAGCUAGAAAUAGCAAAUCCAGCAGUAGUUGAAAUGGCAACAAGAGCAAGCAAAGAUUGCAUCAAACAAUGGGGAAGAUCACCUCAAGAUAUCACACACAUAGUCUAUGUUUCCUCGAGCGAAAUUCGUCUACCCGGUGGUGACCUUUAUCUUGCAAAUGAACUCGGCCUAAACAGCGAUGUUAAUCGUGUAAUGCUCUAUUUCCUUGGUUGCUACGGCGGUGUCACUGGCUUACGUGUCGCCAAAGACAUCGCCGAGAAUAACCCUGGUAGUAGGGUGUUACUCACAACUUCCGAGACCACGAUUCUCGGUUUUCGACCACCGAGUAAAGCUAGACCUUAUGACCUCGUUGGCGCUGCGCUUUUCGGUGAUGGCGCCGCGGCUGCUAUAAUUGGAACAGACCCUAUAUUGAAUCAAGAAUCACCUUUCAUGGAAAUUAACUAUGCUGUCCAAAAAUUCUUGCCAGAUACACAAAAUGUGAUUGAUGGUAGAAUCACUGAAGAGGGAAUUAAUUUUAAGCUUGGAAGAGACCUUCCUCAAAAAAUUGAAGACAAUAUUGAAGAAUUUUGCAAGAAAGUUAUGGCUAAAAGUGAUGUUAAGGAAUUUAAUGACUUAUUUUGGGCUGUUCAUCCUGGUGGGCCAGCUAUACUCAAUAAGCUAGAAAAUACACUUAAAUUGAAAAGUGAUAAGUUGGAUUGUAGUAGGAAGGCAUUAAUGGAUUAUGGAAAUGUUAGUAGCAAUACUAUAUUCUAUGUGAUGGAAUAUAUGAGGGAUUAUUUGAAGGAAGAUGGAAGUGAAGAAUGGGGAUUAGGAUUGGCUUUUGGACCAGGGAUUACUUUUGAAGGGGUUCUCCUCCGCAGCCUUUAAUCUUGGAAUAAUUAAUUUGAAAUUACUUGUCUGUGAUAGGAAAAGAUGCAUAUGUACUGGAUUAAUAUUGAUAUGGUGUUAAUUUAAGUUGAUUUUACAAAAGUUUAUUAAUAAAGUAUGAUGUAACAAAUUGUUGUUUGAAUGUUAAGAGAGGAACUAUGCUGUUUUAAGUUAUUGACCAUUCUUGCUAAAAAUGUGUCUUUUGAUUAAGUUUUGCAAUUUUUUUUACAAGAGUGAAUUAUAGAUAUUGUUUCA